AAUACUCGAAUUCCACUACUUCUACUACAAUGAACAUUGCUCUCUCACUGAGAUCAGUAACUUUGGUGUCUACCGUCGCACUAGCGACGGCAUUCGCCCCUCUCGGGAAUCUCAAAGCUCCAUCCUCYUCUUCUAGCCACUCGUCUUCUCUCUUUGCCGUCGACGGUGAAUAUGACUUCGACGUUGCCAUCAUCGGUUGUGGUGUGGGAGGACAUGGUGCUGCCCUUCACAGCCGUGCACAGGGUUUGUCUACGGCAGUCUUCGCCGGUGGCGAUGUCGGUGGCACGUGUGUCAACCGUGGUUGUGUCCCAAGCAAGGCUCUUCUGGCAGCAUCUGGCCGAGUCCGGGAAAUGCAGGAUGCCGAACACCUGAAAAGUCUAGGAAUUGAAGUGGGAGACGUAAAUUACUCUCGCGAGGGCAUCGCUGCCCACGCCAAGAAUCUGGCGAAUCGUGUUAAAGGAAAUCUAGAAAAUUCGUUGGUUGCAUUGGGUUGUGAUGUAAUUGAAGGUCGAGGAAUGUUGACUACCAACGCACAAGAAGUUAAGGACGAAGCGACAGGAAAAGUUUACAAGUGCAAGGUGAGAUAGCUUUUUCUUUUCUGGAGGAGCCGAGUAGAGCGGUUAUUUGGUUUAUCAUAAUCUGUGUGUGGUGAACUAAAAAAUGAAUUGGAUUCUUGUUCUCUCGGAAUCGUUUCUGAAUUACAUCGAYGAGAUAUUUUUUGUCAUUCCAACGUAUUGAAGAUUAAACAAUUUGUCCAUAUUUUCAACCCUAACCUCUGAUCCUUUACUGUAAAUUUCCCAUGUACUUUAAUAAACCCUUAGGACAUUAUCCUGGCACCAGGAUCGAUUCCUUUUGUCCCACCCGGUGUUACUGUGGAUGAGAAAACCGUCUACACCUCUGAUGGUGCGCUGGAGCUGGGAUUCGUCCCUGAGUGGGUUGCUAUUAUUGGUUCGGGCUAUAUUGGCCUCGAAUUCAGCGACGUCUACACUGCCCUUGGAUCCGAAGUUACCUUUAUUGAGGCCAUGGACAAACUCAUGCCAACUUUCGAUAGAGAAAUUGCCAAACAAGCAGAACGCUUGUUGAUUCGGGAUCGACCGAUUGAUUACCGAACUGGUGUUUUUGCCUCUGAAGUUACUCCMGGAAUUCCCGGUGAAAAACCCGUUACUAUCAAAAUGAUUGACGCCAAGACUAAAGAGCACGUUGAGACGAUUGAGGUAGACGCCGCUAUGGUGGCUACUGGACGGGUCCCUAACACGGCGAAUAUGGGAUUGGAAGAUCGGGGCAUUGAGACGAAUCGUGGAUUUGUCAACGUGAACGAGAAGAUGCAAGUGCUCGCUGGACCGGAUUCUGAAGAAGUCAUCCCCAACUUGUACUGCAUUGGUGAUGCUAACGGCAAGAUGAUGUUAGCUCACGCUGCUAGUGCUCAUGGUAUCAGCGCCAUCGAGAACAUUUGUGACCGCCCCCACGAGGUUGAUCACAAUGCAAUCCCAGCUGCGUGUUUUACGCAUCCCGAAAUUUCGAUGGUUGGUCCGACUGAAGAGCAAGCGAUCGAGCUCGCCGAGAAGGAGGGAUGGACGCUGGGUAAGUCUCAGGGCAGUUUCCGAGCUAACAGCAAGGCGUUGGCUGAAGGAGAAGGUAAUGGUAUGGCAAAGGUUCUGUUUAAGAAGGAAACUGGGCAUGUCGUUGCAGUCCAUAUCAUUGGUCUUCACGCUGCCGACUUGAUUCAAGAAUGUGCCAACGCUGUUGCCGCAGGAACCACCGUUCAAGAACUCAGUAUGAUGGUCCAUACACACCCCACCCUUUCGGAAGUGAUGGACGAGGCCUUCAAGGGAGCCGUCGGCAUGUCUUCCCACUAGUGAUAACACUUUGAAACAAAGCUAACWCAUCAAA